AUGAAAUUAUCUAACAUCCUUUUAUUAUCAACCUCUUCAAUCGCUCUAGCUGCUCCAGCUGUCCAUCACGAUCACAAUGAAAAACGUGCUCUAGUUACCGUCACUGAAUUUGUUGACGAAAACGGUAACGCUAUCGUAGGUGCUACUGCUGCUACUGCCACUGCCGCCGCUGCCGCUGUUAAAAACCAAGAUGUAGUUGCUAACAACGUCGCUACUUCCUCUAAAGCUACUACUACUUUGGAAGGUACUUCUACCACUGCUGCUACUACCAAAGCUGCUGCCACUGCCACUGGUUCUUCUUCCUCUUCAGGUUACGGUGAUCUAUCUGCUUUCUCCGGUCCAAACCAAGAAUUCCAAGAUGGUACUAUCUCUUGUUCCGAUUUCCCAUCUGGUCAAGGUGUCGUCUCUGUCGAUUGGGAUGGCUUAUCCGGUUGGUCUACUAUCAUGGACAUGAAUGGUAACACUGCCACUUCUUGUCAAGAUGGUUACUACUGUAGUUACGCUUGUCAAGCUGGUAUGUCCAAGACUCAAUGGCCAAGUGAACAACCUUCCAACGGUAUGUCCGUCGGUGGUCUAUACUGUAAGAACGGUCUAUUAUACAGAUCUAACACCGACUCCAACUACUUAUGUGAAUGGGGUCAAAACUCUGCCGUUGCCGUUAACAACGCCGACCAAUCCAUCUCUAUGUGUAGAACCGAUUAUCCAGGUUCUGAAAACAUGGUUAUCCCAACUUUGAUCGAAGCCGGCUCCUCUCAACCUGUCUCCGUUGUCAAUGAAGACAGCUACUACCAAUGGCAAGGUAAGAAGACCUCCACUCAAUACUACGUUAACAACGCUGGUGUCUCCGUCGAAGACGGUUGUGUUUGGGGUUCUUCCGGUUCUGGUGUAGGUAACUGGGCUCCUGUUGUUCUAGGUGCCGGUUACACUAACGGUAUCACUUACUUAUCUAUCAUUCCAAACCCAAACAACAAGACUCCACCAAACUUUAACAUUAAGAUCGUCGCCUCUGAAGGUUCUUCCGUCAACGGUGAUUGUUCUUAUGUCGAUGGUGUCUACACUGGUUCCGGUUCUGAUGGUUGUACCGUCUCUGUUACCUCUGGUACUGCUCAAUUCGUCUUUUACUAG